AACUUGAUACCGUAUUUGAUGAUAUAUUUGAAGAUCUUGAUCCUAUUCCCGAACCAAAAGAGCGAAAAAACGGAUUUUUAUCGAGAGAAACCGGGAAGAUGGUCACAACAAGCUUUGGAAUGAUUAUUUUAGCGACACUCCAACAUACCCGCACUAUUUGUUCCGCCGACGAUUUCGAAUGAACAAGCCGUUGUUCUUAUAUAUUGUGCAUCGUCUAUCUACUGAAGUUGAGUAUUUUCAACCAAAACAAGAUGCAACCGGACGGUCGGGUAUAUCUCCUCUCCAGAAAUGUACCGCAGCAAUUCGUCAAUUGGCGUAUGGUGGUGGAGCUGAUCCCGUAGACGAAUAUUUAAGACUUGGUGAAACAACAUCUCGGAAAUGUUUGCACCAUUUUGCCGCCGGCAUAAUCGACUUGUUUGGCGAUGAAUACCUCAGACGUCCCACACCAGAGGAUCUUCAGAGACUACUCCAUGUUGGUGAACAACGGGGAUUUCCCGGGAUGGUUGGAAGCAUUGACUGUAUGCAUUGGGAGUGGAAGAAUUGCCCCACUGCCUGGAAAGGAAUGUAUUCACGAGGAACCGGAAAACCAACAAUUGUGUUGGAGGCCGUUGCUUCAUAUGACCUCUGGAUUUGGCACGCAUUUUUUGGAGCUCCAGGUACUUUGAACGAUCUCAAUAUUCUGGACAGAUCACCCGUUUUUGAUGACAUUAUUAACGGGAAUGCUCCCCAAGUAAACUUCUUUGUCAACGGAAGGGAAUACAAUUUGGCGUACUAUCUGACUGAUGGUAUCUAUCCGAAAUGGGCGACUUUUAUUCAAUCUAUCCGACUGCCACAAGGUGCCAAAAAUUCUUUAUUUGCUCAAAUCCAAGAAUCCGUUCGAAAAGAUGUCGAGCGUGCCUUUGGGGUCCUGCAAGCUAGGUUUGCAGUUGUUAGAAAUCCUUCUAAUUUAUGGGAUAAAAACAAAAUAUCGAAUAUUAUGAGAGCAUGUCUAAUACUCCAUAAUAUGAUUGUCCAAGAUGAACGAAAUUCAAACACUCUUGAAGAAUUUCAAGAUGACGAUUUCACAUACACCGUCAAAAAGGCUACAAGACCCGGCAAUAUAAUUACUCGUCGUAAAGAAGUUCGGGAUCCACAUAUCCAUCAACAAUUAAAACAAGAUCUGAUUGAACAUAUAUGGGAAAAAUUUGGACAUUUUCCAAAUAACAUAUAAUGUUAUUUGCUUCUAUGUUAUUUAUCAAUUAAAUAAAAUGUUUCCCUGAUUUUAAUUAUGAUGUUUUGUAUAAUUUGUUUAACAACUUUAGAAAAUCUUUUCUGUUUUUAUUUUAAUGUUAUAUGUAUUUUUAUGUAAUUUAUGAAUCAUUGAUUAUUAAAAAAAAUGAUUAUUAAAAAAAAUUAAA